AUGGCGACGUCACCACCGCAGUUGGAGAAAGCGGGAAGAGGCUUUGUCGUGGCUUCCUGGGGGUCCACCAUAAUAAUCAGCGUAUACCUUUCACCCAACCUUGGAUAUAAGGAAUAUGUGAAGAGGUUGCACAUACUGGAACGGCAAACACAGAGACAUCAUCCUCGUCCGGUCAUUGUGGCGGGGGAUUUCAACGCCAAACACAAGGCUUGGGGUUCCCCGCGCACGGACCGGCGGGGGGAAAGGGUCAUGAGGUGGGCGGCGGACAGCGGCCUCAUACUGAUAAAUGAGGGAAGAGAACAGACGUGUGUCAGGAUGCGGGGCGGAUCCAUAAUAGAUCUUACAUGGACAACCCGCCCCGCAACGAGAAUGACAAGAGGAUGGAAAGUGAUGACAGAAGUGGAAACCCUAAGCGACCACAAAUACAUCACUUUCAAUGUCACCGCUAUCCCAAGAGAAGUCGUUGAACGCCGCAAACUUCAGGAGAGCCGUACCAAAAGGUGGACCCUCAGGAAGAUAAACGAGGAGGACUUCAUGACGACCAUCAACAACGAAUUGAUGGCCAGGGAAAACAAAGACAGGAGCUUGGCAGAGCAGGUGGAAUGGCUACAGGAGACAAUGACAAAGGCGUCAGACGCGUCAAUGCCAAGAGUCAAGCACCGGUCUUCUAGGAAGGCAUACUGGUGGUCGGAGGCCAUCGCGGAGUUACGGAAAGCCUCCGACCACGCCAGGAGACAAGCACUUCGUAUGAGGAAGCCUGCGCUAAUCAGAACGCCCGAGUACAAAGAAAAGUGGAGUGUCUAUAGAGAAGCGAGAGACACUCUACGAAUUGCUAUAAGGAGGGCCAAGUCCGAGGCGUGGCAAGAGUUACUUGCCACGCUAAACGACGACCCAUGGGGGCGCCCCUACAGGAUGGUAUUAAACAAGCUUAAAGGGGGGGCGUCCCCACUAACGGAAACGUUGGACCCUCGCCUGGUCGGCGAGAUAAUAGACACCCUGUUCCCGGUACGGGAAUUAGACGAGGAGCCCAUCCCACGAGUUGAGCGGGAGUGGGACGAAGAUGAGACGAGGGUCACAGCGGGCGAGCUGAAAAUGCCAUCCGGAAAAUAA